AUGUCGACGCGACCUCCCGCCGAUUCCCCGUUCAUUGAAUCCGAUCUGGAUGACAAGAAAUGGACGGCCAAGUCUCUCAUCCGGCAUGCCGAGCGCUCGCAUAGUCGGCUGCCUGGGAUCCGCAAGGUUCCUCUGCGCUCAAUAGCGGUUAUCUUGCUUGUUGCGUUUGUUAAUGUGGUCGUAUGGGUUGCUGUAGCGAUUGUCCUGAGGUUGAGAUCGUUGGUCUCGAACGCUGUUCUAUCAUAUACCCUUGGUCUGCGACACGCCUUUGACGCAGAUCACAUCUCGGCCAUUGACCUAAUGACCCGCCGUCUGCUCGCAACAGGCCAGAGGCCAGUAACGGUAGGUACAUUUUUCUCGCUCGGCCACUCCACUAUCGUGAUCAUCACCUCGAUCGUGGUGGCAGCCACCGCGGCGGCGGUAUCCUCGCGUUUUGACAAGUUCAGCACAAUCGGCGGUAUUAUCGGGACGUCUGUCAGCGCGGCGUUCCUGAUUCUGCUUGGGUUUAUGAAUGCGUAUAUUCUAUAUAAGCUGUACAAGCAGAUGCAGAAGGUGCUGAACCUGCCAGAGGGACAGGAGGACGAGGCAUGGAAGAUUGAGGGCGGGGGUGUGCUGUUUCGAGUCUUGAAGCGGGCCUUCAAGUUGAUUGAUCGGCCAUGGAAAAUGUACCCGCUGGGUAUAUUGUUCGGACUCGGCUUUGAUACGUCAUCUGAGAUUGCACUUCUGGGGAUUUCGUCUAUCGAGGCUGCAAAGGGGACCUCCUUUUGGGUUAUUCUCAUCUUUCCCAUACUGUUUACAGCCGGAAUGUGCUUGCUUGACACUACCGAUGGAGCCCUAAUGCUCGCGCUCUACCUGACCCCCGACGCUGCAUCUACUCUGGACGAUCCCAUUACAACACCCCAGAACCACCGCGACCCCGUCGCCUUCCUUUACUACUCCAUCGUGCUGACCACCCUCACCGUGAUUGUGGCCAUCAUUAUCGGCAUCAUCCAGCUCCUCACACUCAUCCUGAAUGUCGCCGAGCCAACCGGCCGCUUCUGGGACGGUGUGCAGACAGCGGGCGACUACUACGAUGUUAUUGGCGGUGGAAUCUGUGGUGCUUUCUUGGUGUUUGGAAUUCUGAGCGUUUUCGUUUAUAAGCCGUGGCGCAGAUGGAUUGGAAAGAGGUAUGGGAAAGAUGCUGCUAGUGCUGGGGAUGAGGAGGGGGCGUAUAGGGGUGAGGACACUGGCACCGAUGCCGGGACGUCUAUCCCAAGGGUUGAUACGCCGUUGAAUGAGGGAGGCUCGAGUGUCACGUAUGGGAGUGUGCAUGUGCAGCCUAAGGGAAAUACUAAGUAAGUGAGGACC